AUGUUUUGUCUGUCUUCGAAGUUGAAGCUUGCCUUGAAAGAGUUCAGUAAGGAGCAUUUUUUAAAUCUACCUACAAGAGUCGCUCAUGCUCGGACUGAUUUAGAACAUGUUCAGUGUUUGAUUCAGCAUUCGCCUUUGGAUUCAUCUUUACAUAGGGAGGAGGCUCGGUUACGAAAAGGAAUUUUAUUGAGUAGACUAGCUAAGGUGGCUGAUAUUGUUGAGGGUGAUACCUGGAGGUGGCCAUUAGCUCGUUCCCCAACGUUAUCUGACUUGAUGCGAGAUACGCUUGAUACUUUUCAGCCGUAUAGUACUAGAGAGGAUGUCUUGCUAUGGGUGGAUGAUGCACAUGGAGUCUUCUCUGUUCGGAGUGCUUGGGAGUCUAUUCGACUUCGCUGCCCUAGGGUGACUUGGUAUCACAUUAUAUGGUUCCCUCAGUGUAUUCCCCGUCGUGCAUUUAUCCUUUAG